AUGUGUCCUCAAUGUAAUCAUCGUACCAUCACUCAUGACAACAUCAGGCCUGGAUAUGAAGACAGGAUCACUCUGGACAAAACCACUGGAUCUAUUGAACUCAGGGACCUGGCCCCGUUGACGGGUACAAAAUACAAAGUAAGCCUUUUCUUAAAGAAGGAUCACUGCUGAGUGGGGAAACAAGACUGGAGGUAUAUGGUAAGUACUACUGAUUUAGAUCUAGGAAAUGUAGGAAAUGGUUUUAAAAUAAAGUACACUUUCCCUCUGUGAUGAAAUCAGAAACAUCCAAGAAUCUGUAUAGAUUGUAUAUGUUCAGGCCAUGUGAGGGUGUAGCUGUUUGUCAUUUACAGUUUAAUGAGCUGCUGUUUCUCAAAUCCAGUCAGUUGUCUGGGCACAGUGCCAUUUCUCCACCUCAUUUGUUUCUAAUGAUCUCAUUCAUUUUAGUUAGUAGUGUAUGAUGAAACAAUGUGUUCAGAAAAGGUACAUUCUUCAGAAAUGGUCUUCUACGCAAAGAGAAGGUAGUUAUAAUGUGUUUAACCCACAGAGCGAGUCUGCAACGUGGUGAUAACUCCCUAUAACACAGAUUUAGUGGAGUUAAACAGCUCUGUCAAUUUGUCCUGCUCCUCCUCUGCCUCCUCCCUUUCUUACCGCUGGCUGAAUGGCAGCUCUGAGGUCACAGCCAGUGAUGGAGUUCAGCUUGUUGAUGGAAACUCUCACCAUAGUCAGUGUGACCUGGUAUGACCCGGGACCAUUCAGCUGUACCGUGUUCAACCCAAUGAUGUGUAUAAACCCUGGAUUAUUGAUGCCAUGUAAUGGCCAAUGAGAGGCUUUGAAUCCACCUGCCACCAUAUUGGAACUCCUCAGAAGGAGUAAUCCUCCAUAGGAAUGAAUGGAAAUCUACAGUAUUUCAAUAAAAUGUUUCAAGGACAAAAUUACAUGUAUUUAAGUAUUUAUUUGUUGUAGUGGAGACAGUAACCUUAGUACUCUCCCAAAAAAUUCCUUUAAGUAAUAUGUUUUAUAUAUUUUUUUGUUGUUGUUCAAUUCACAUAAUAUAAUUUAAAAGUAUGCAAUAAGGUGUCUGAAAUAGAAUAUACAUGUCAAAAAUGAAUGUAGACAAUAAUAAAUGGAUUUCUAUGGCUUCCAAAUCAUGUUUUACUAUGGAGGAGUUCCAAAAUGCCUGCGCAAUGGUUUCAAAACAGCGGCCCCCUUGUCAGUCAUCUAGGAUUAAUACAUAUAAUUGGUUCGACCCCGUCAGUAAUGGAACCAGCCAGCCUCUAACCCUCACUAUCAGCUGUGAGUCCAUUUUCAUUAACAAACUGAAUGCAACUGUAUGUUUUAUCCAAUUACUGCUCAAGUUAUUCUACAGGCUCAUAUGACCUACACUUGUUGAACACUAUAGCUGGUUGAAUUUUGCCUCUUGGUCUUGACCAUGACAUUGAUUGGACAUUGAUGUUUUAUUGGGCUUACAAUGGUUUUCAAAUGUGUCGCAUAAGAUUCAGAAAACACCACAAUGAAGGUGACCCCUCUAGAUAACCCCUCUAGACCCCUUUAGGGCGGCAGGUAGGCUAGUGGUUAAGAGCGUUGGGCCAAAAGGUCGAAAGGUCGCUGGUUUGAAUCUGUCGAUAAUUUAAAUGUAGAUGUACUGUAUGGAUCAGUGUCAGAACAAACAUGGUGGAUAAAUGAAGAUGUCUUACUCAGGCAGUUUACCAUUGGAAAAAAUGGUCAAGGUUCCUGUCUGUGUAGAUGGGCCCGUGUGGCGGGGGCAUAAGUAGACCAGAGUGGCCCCACCCUGACCUAAAACAAAUGAGGUAGUGGGGUGUCUCGCUUUCUCUAAUGUCUCUGGUCAGACCUCACUAUGUCCUGCUCAACAGAGUUCAGUCCUUCUGCCCAGCUCACCAUCAAGUUUGAUUAUUUAAUCAGCUGUGUACUGCUAGGGUAAAAACCAAAACGUGCACCAAGGGGUGCCCCAGGACUGAGUUUGUGAAACCCUGCAAUAAGGGAUCGCCAGUUUCUCAUGGUGUGAACAACAUAAUUGAAAAGCCUUUAAGAAAGAUGCAGACAUACAUUUCCCACACACAUCUCUGAAUAACUCUCACACUAAUGUCACACACCACUGCAUAGAUAAUAAUAUAAUAAUAAUAAUAUAAUAUGCCAUUUAGCAGACGCUUUUAUCCAAAGCGACUUAAAGUCAUGCGUGCAUACAUUUUUGGUGUAUGGGUGGUCCCGGGGAUCGAACCCACUACCUUGGCGUUACAAGCGCCGUGCUCUACCAGCUGAGCUACAGAGAUAGGAAAAGGCCCCUAUAUGGCCAUUAGUGGCCAGUUACAGAGUGCAAGCCAGAACGUGUCAAAACUUCAGUAUCCAAAACCACACACUAGUGUAAAAACCACACACUAGAGAUGACAAAUGCCCAACCUUUACUUUAGUUCAGUUUUUUAUUUAUUGCAGAUUUCAUUAAAGGGAUAGUUUACACACAUUUGUAAAAUUUAUCAGCAUUUUGGCACAUAUCUAGAACCAGUAUGGUCAAACAUUUCUAUAUAUAUAAUAUAUGUUUCAUUUAGUUUGGUCUUCCACACCACCUCCAGCAAUCAAGUUAAAUCCAUCAUCAACACAUAGAAAACCUGCAUGAUAACACCCAGUGUGGAUCUGUAAUAUAAUAUACAUAAUCAAUAAAUAUAUCUUGUGUUUGAUAAUCUGCUUUUUUGUGUACUUUAUUCAUAUUGAAAACCAAAACCUUGUUAAUGAAAGUAGAUAACAACGAUACCGUAACUGAUCAAAGCAUGUGGAGGAUGUAAUGUUAACAAUAUAAUGUAAAUAGUCAAUACAAGUAUUUAUAGAACACUGUAUUUUGAAGUGUGGAGUCAAAAAGGCAAUGAAGCUGGAGUAACGUAUUGCUUUACAUUAUGUAAAAACAGAAUUAAUAAUAACGAUUACUUUUCUCCAUCAACGUUGUUGUUCUUUGUGUCAAGUGUGACCAGUAGUAUGUUGAUAUGACCUAAUUACAUUCAGUUCAUUCAUUCAUACAAAGCUGGGUGUUGGUUCUAAGUGAUCCUACAGUGAUGUCAAUGUUUGAGAAGGAGUAUAAAGCACUAACUUUUAUUAGAUAUAGAAUAUAUCAUCUAUUAUCAGAAAAUACCUCAAGACCAAAGUCCACGUUUAUCAGUCAAAGCUUCCAAAGCAAUAGAGGGCAACAGGCUCAGUGAAUGUAAACCCCCCCACAGCUUCCUUAUUAGUCUUAGUGGAGGUGGGUUGUAGUGUUCCAAUAGUGGAGUUUGGUCAUUUGUUCCUUCAUGCAGUGAUGGAACUCAUGAAAACAUUUUAUCUCAAUAUUUCAUUUCAGGUUUUGGUGUCACUGUAGACCGCUUUUAUUGAAGCCCUGUCUCCUAUGUAAUACUUAUUUGUAGAGACAGAAAUACAGUCUGAAUCACAGACAUUUGAUACAGAAGAGAUGGUGGCAGCUGCAGUCGUCUUUCUUACCAUGGGAAUACUCUCAGGUGAGACCUUAUCUGCUGCACUCAAUAAAAUACAGCCACACAUAGGUUCACUAAAAGCACCAACAUGGGGUGAAUUUGACACCAAGGGGUAAAAAAUGUCAUAAUUUCCAAACCCUUUCAUGAUCCUUCUGAAAUUUUAGGACCAUUAAUUCUGUGUUAAUGUAAUAUAUUCUUCUCCUCUCCCAUGACAGUAGGAAUUGUUCUUCAAUAAAUAGCAGGUUCUUUGUCAAUAGUCAUAGACGUAGUUUCAAUUAUGUUCAUAUCCAUCUCUAAGGGCAUACACAUUUAAUUAAAUGUUUAACGGAUUGCUGUCAGACCUUGUCCAUAGAUGGCUUACAUGGUAAAGAAUCCAAUAUGUCAUUUAGUAAUUUGGGUGAACUAUCCCUUUCAGGUGGUGACAAAUGCUGCUUAAUAUUUGCUCUCACAAAAUAGAGUUAUUCCACUAGGCACAGUGGCUACCAUAGUGGCUUCAAAAAUGUUCUUGAUAAAAUAAUUAUUUUAUAAAAGCGUUUAAGAACUUAUUUGAAAACGUUCCACUUAUGUCUUUGAUUACAGCAUUUUGUGUUUGUUUUGGAGACAUGAUUAUCAAGCCCUGUUGUUGUUUCCUCAGGAUAUUGUGCUGGUCUAGAAGUGCUUCCACCUGGACCCGUGAAUGGAACAUUGGGAGGAAAUGUGGUUUUCAAAACCACCAUCAAUCCAACCACACUUAGUGCAAUCUCUUGGACAUUUGGUGAUCCCCCUGUCACCAUUGUUGACUUUCUCAGUUCUGAAGGUCCUGUGACCGGAGUGGGAUAUGUUGGUAGGAUCAGUCUGGACAAUAGCACUGGAUCUCUGGAGCUCAGGAAACUGACCCUGGCUGACAGUGGAGAAUACAGAGUGAUCAUAGGGGAGUCUGAUUUUAUGCAGUUAGCAGAUACUUCACUGAAUGUUUAUGGUGAGUACCCCCUGAGUUCCAAAAGAUGUCACUGAAUGAUAAAUGUGCAUUGAUAUUGCAUUGAGUUGUCAACUAAUGUGAAUAUAAUGUACUUCCAUCCAUAAAAACAAUAUAAAACAAAAAACACAAUGUGCUUGUUGAAAUGCAGUUACUCUUUAAUGGUGCAGUUACAAUUUAUUUGAUGGAUAUCUCUUGACACUCUACUACAUACAUGAUCCAUGGUCAGAAGCAGAGCUAGUGCGAGGGCCAUGGGUGUUACCACCAGGGUUGGGGUCAAUUCCAUUUAGAUUCCAGUCAAUUCAAAAAGUGAACCAAACUCCAAUUCAAAUUUACAUUUUUACUAAUUGAAAACCAUGGAAGAGAAUUGGAAUUGGAAAUUAAGUGUACUUCCUGAAUUUACUGGAAUUUAAAUGGAAUUGACCGCAACCCUGGUGACCACGUUUUCAACAAUGAUGUACCAAAAAUCAAAGAAAUAACAUUAUUUGACACUGUAAAACAUGGAAAAAUGUAUAUACAGUGCAAUAUAUUAUAUGAUUUCAUUAAAUCCUGGAAUUGGUCUGAGCUGGUGUUGCUUAUUUUAUAAAGCAAUGAACAGCUGUCUGUCGCUGGUCCCCCUUGAGGGCCCCCCUGGCCUGGAACCGGCAGCUGCCUGGGCUGGUGGCUGGCUGCUGCUGGGAGGGACCAGGGUCAUUCAUUUAUUUAGUAAGUUUGUUAGUUUAAAACUACUAAUAGUCCAAUUCAUACAGCACCAAAACAACAUGAUUUUCUACAAUAAUAUUAAAUGAAAACAGAUUGUUUAGCCAGGCCUUUUCAAUGUUCAGAGUGAAUUUUUUCAAUCGUCUCACAGCCAAGAGACUAUAGGCCAUUAUUGAACAUGCAGCUACUGUAAUGAAGUAGGCAAUGUAUUAGGCGACAUCAUUUUCAAACAUUUUCCAAAAUGCAAUAAGUGGGAAAACACCAUUGUAAAGGCAAACUCAAUGCCAGCGGUUUCAUGUGACAGAGGUGAAAAUCUCUGUUAGAAACUUAGAAUGAGUGGAAAUCUAAAGAUGCAACAACUAGAAUGGGUUGCUAAUAUGACUCUUAGAAAAAAAGGUGGCUAUCUACAACUUCAAAGGGUUCUUCGGCUGUACCCAAUGGAGAACCCUUUGAAGAACACUUUUUGGUUCCAUGUAGAAACCUUUCCACAGAGGGUUCUACAUGGAACCCAAAAGGGUUCUCCUAUGGGGACAGCCCAUAGAACCCUUUUGGAACCCUUUUUUCUAAGAGUGUAGGAUUGUGCCUUUGGCUUCUGGACAAUGAAAGAAAGUUGAUAUAAAAAUGUAUAGAACAAGAGAGAAAUGUUGGUUUCAAUGGCAUAUGAGGAAUAUUUAUAAAAUUAUUCCCUAAACGUUUAUAUGGUCGGAUUUUGGCUAUAGGCUACUUUGAAGCAGGGUUAGACAUGCGUCGUAAUAGGCUAUAAAGUAAAACUCUGUUUUCACACGCGAUUGCGAGAAAUGUUGCACAAUGACUGGAAUUAUAAGAACACAUGAUUAAUGAGCUGUGAGCUCUCGCUUCGCUCAAACUAGCGGUAUGCGGUAGCGCGUUUUAUAAAUAAGUUAGAUGACGAAAUAACCUACUAACAGCCUAAUUUGCUUUUAUGAUAGGGCAUAUCAGCUAUUAAUUUUAAAAUAUUUGCUACGGACCCCUCGAGAGCGCCCUGCCCAAUCUGUGCUGAUACUCGAGCUCCGUGCCUGUCCAUGGUAAUGUAACAUCAGUGGUGUACAUUUUUUAAGUACAAAUACUUUCAAGUACUACUUGCGUAGUUUCUUUUGGGUAUCGAUACAUUACUUUACUAUUUAUAUUUUUGAGAACUUUACUCUACUACAUUCCUGAAGAAAAGAAUGUACUUUUUACUCCCUACAUUUUCCCUGACACCCAAAAGUACUCGUUACAUUUCCAAUGCUUAGCAGGACAGGAAAAUGUUCCAACUCACGCACUUAUCAAAAUAACAUCCCUAGUCAUCCCUGCUGCCUUUGAUCUGGCGGACUCACUAAACACAAAUGCUUUGUUUGUAAAUUAUGUUUGAGUAUUGGAGUGUGCCCCUGGCUAUCCGUAAAUUAAAAUAACAACAAAAUUGUGCCGUCUGGUUUGCUGAAUAUAAGGAAUGUGAAAUGAUUUACUUUUACUUUUGAUACUUAAGUAUAUUUUAGUAAUUACAUCUACUUUUGAUACUUACGUUUCUAUUAAGGGACUUUUACUUUUACUCAAGUAUGACAGUUAGGUACUUUUUCAACCACUGUGCAACAUGAACAUAAAACGAACCUGUUUCUCCUAUUCUUAAUUUCCAAACCACAUUAAUUAGUAUUAUCUCACCUUGUACUCUUUUCACAGAAACAGUAUCUGGUGCUACUAUCACAAUUACCCCAAACCCACCAAUCAUCGAGUGGGGCUCUGUCACCUUAACCUGUGAUGCUGCUGGCUUCAACAUCACCAGAGAGUGGAUGAAGGAUGGUCAGCCUCUGUCUUCUGGUGAUAAUAUCAUCUUAUCUGAGGAUAAGAGAGUGCUGUCCAUAAAGAAGAGAACAGACAGUGGAGAAUACCUGUGUAGAGUCAGCAACCCUGUCAGCUCUGAAAAUGCCAGUGACACUGUGAAUGUAAUCUGUAAGUACUUCCCUAUAAACCUGGGGAUAAAUGUACCAGAUAAAUGUACCAGGUAAAUGUACCAACUGUACCAUCAAUAGGUGCACAUGAAAAUAAUAUAACAAUGAAUGAACACAAACUUUACACCAACCAUUAUGACUCCAACGUCACACUGAUCACAAACUAAUACACUUGUAGCUAUGACUAACAGGUGAUCUCUGUGUUACAGAUGGACCUGAUGGUAUGGAAAUCAAGGGUCCAACUGAAAUAGAACUAGGACAGAAGUUAACAUUGACCUGCUCUGCUGACUCCAACCCCCCUGCUAGUUACAUCUGGAUGCUCAAUGGAACAGAGAUACCUGGACAUUCACCUGAGUUCACUAAAGAGAAGAGUGAAUACUCUGACAGUGGGGAUUACACCUGUACAGCAACAAAUGAUGUCACUGGGAACAACACAUCUGAGGUCCAUAAACUGUCCGUAAAAGGUGAAGUAAGCUAAAUCUUUAAAGACAAUAUGAACAUAGUAAGAGAUAAAAGUUACAUUUACAUUUUAGCCAUUUAGCAGACACUCUAAUCCAGAGUGACUUACAAUUAGUGCAUUAAGAAAGCUAUGUGGGAUAACCAAAUAUCUCAGUCAUAGUAAGUACAUUUUUCCUCAAUAAAGUAACUAUCAGAAAAGUCAGUGCUAGUAGAAGAAAAAAAGUUAUACUUAUGAAGUUUUGCAUUCCAAACUUGUUUUGAAAUAGUGCCUUUAGUUGUGUUUGUUGUGUUGUCACCCAGAUGCACUGUAAUGUGCAGUACUGAUUGUUCACUGUGUGUAGCCUUUCUCUCAUCACUGUAUGGUUCUAUCUCUGGUCUCUGCAGCGGAUGGCUCUCUAACUCCAGGACUGUCUACUGUUGCCAUCACUGGGAUUGUGAUUAUAGUGUUGCUGGUUCUGGAAGUGGCAGUUAGUGUUGCAGUCUAUUUCAUCAAGAAAAAGGGGUGAGUUAAGAAACUUUUCAUUUAAACGAGUGUAUUUUCUAUCACUGCAGGUAGUAGACAAUAUAGGCUCUGUUUUCACAUUGAUCUAAACUGGUCAGAAAAAGGGCCUGGGUGUAUUUCAAAAGCACUGUAAACUUUUAAAAGCAUUGUAAUAUUAUGUUCUUAUAACUUCACUGUAAACUGUUAAACGCACUGUAAUAUUAUUUCCUUAUACCUUUCAAUGUUUAUUUCUUGUUGUAUAUAGAAGCAAUGCUGACCCAAUGCAUCGAGGAGGUAAGCAUAUGCUUUAUCUCCAAUCAUAGAAUUAAUCAUGUUUUUCAAACAUUUGUUUACUCCAUUUCAUUAAAAUGGUCAUUUAGCAGAUGCUCUUAUCCAGAGUGAUUUGCAGUUUCCAUGGAAGAAUGAAAUGGAUUCAGACAAAUGACAUGAUAUAGUACAACACCACUGUGACGAUGCUUAAUACUGUAACAAUGUGUAUGCAGACACAUGCUAACAAGAUAGCAGCAACUAUACUAUCACCUCUAUUUGUGUAUCUCUUAAAGGCUCUCAACAAAAUGUAUAUGAGAACCCAUCACCUGUGUAUGAGAACCCAUCACCCGUGUCUGAGAACCCAUCACCUGUGUAUGAGAACCCAUCACCUGUGCGUGACAACACACAACAAAAUCUAUCUCCACCUCUACCCCUGACAGUAAGUAAAACAUGGUCACCCAUGGGAUGUGUCUGUACACGUCUGUAUUCUACUACAGCCUUCCUUUAAUAAACAAGAUUACUUGCUUAACAGGAAUUGCAGUGUGAAAAAUACUGUAUGCAAAGUCUGUUUGCCUAUUAUAUAUUUUUCCAGGAAGUUUUAGUUUGACUUAAUGACAACUAUUCAGUCUCUGGCCCUUUCAUGUUAUUCAUUAACAUAUAAUCGCUGUAAAAGUUUGUUUAGGACUUUGAGGUUUCAUAUUUUGUCAUGGCAACGGUUUGUGUAGCUGUUGCCUUCUAUGUUCUGCAGUCUUCUACUUCUGCUUUUGUCCCAAAUUAUGAAAUGCAGGACUUCAAGAGUACCUAUGAUACUAAGGUAAUGGUAAGUUUGCGUUGGUUAGACCAUAUGGCGGCACCAUUUGAUUGCAAUACUGUAAAAAAAAAAAAAAAAAAAAAAAAAAAAGGAUGUGUUGUUUGUGAAGUCUUUAUGAUGUGCCACUGCUGAUAAAUGGAAGUUAAUGUUCCUUCCUUUUCUCCCUCACUUUCCUUCUAGCAGUAAGAGUUCAGGAAGAGAUCUCCAUUCAACCACCAUUCUCCAGUGAGUUCCACAAUCAAAUCAAAUCAAAUCAAAUCAAAUUUUAUUGGUCACAUGCGCCGAAUACAACAGGUGCAGACAUUACAGUGAAAUGCUUACUUACAGCCCUUAACCAACAGUGCAUUUAUUUUAAACAAAAAAGUAAGAAUAGAAAACCUGCAUGAUAGAAAACCUCAACACAUAGAAAACCUGCAUGAUAACACCCAGUGUGGAUCUGAAAUGUAAUGUACAUAAUUAAUGCAUUUAUGCUAUGUUUGUCUGCUUUAUUGUUUAAUUUAUGAAUGUAAAAAAGAAAACCUUGUUAAUGAAAGUAGAAAACGCAUUACUGUACUGUAAUUUAACAAAUUAGAGCAUAAUGAUAAGGGUGACCUCUGGUGGUAGGGGUGGGGACUGUACUGUAAAUAAUAAAUACAAUUAGUUUUUGUGUACUCUAUUGUCAAUUGUGGUGCCAAAAAGGCACAGAGGCUGGAUACCCAUAUAAUUUAAAUGAUGUAAAAACAGAAUUACUAAUAAAUAUUGCCUGCUCUGUUGUUCUUUGUGUCAGACCAGUGAUUACUAGCUUAUAAGAUAUAUACUGAACAAAAAAUAUAAAAGCAACAUGUCAAGGUUUGGUCCCAUGUUUCAUGAGCUGAAAUAAAAGAUCCCAGAAAUUGUCCAUACACACAAAAAAAAGUAUCUAACAUUUUGUGCACAAAUAUGUUUACAUCCCUGUUAGUGAGCAUUUCUCCUUUGUCAAGAUAAGCCAUCUACCUGACAGGUGUGGCAUAUCAAGAAGCUGAUUAAACACCAUGAUCAUUACACAGGUGCAACUUGUGCUGGGGACAAUAAAAGGCCACUCUAAAAUGUGCAGUUUUGUCACACAACACACAAUGCCACAGAUGUCUCAAGUUUUGAGGGAAUGUGCAAUUGGCAUGCUGACUGCAGGAAUGUCCACCAGAGCUGUUGCCAGAGAAUUGAAUAUUCAUUUCUCCACCAUUUCUCUACCAAUAUCGUUUUAGAGAAUUUGGCAGUACGUCCAACCGGCAGCACAACAGCAGACCACGCGUAACCACGCCAGCCCAGGACCUCCACAUCCGGCUUCUUCACCUGCGGGAUCAUCUGAGACCAGCCACUCAGACAGCUGAUGAAACUGUGGGUUUGCACAACCGAAUAAUUUCUCCACAAAAUGUCAGAAACCAUCUCAUGGAAGCUCAUCUGCGUGCUCGUCAUCCUCACCAGGGUCUUGACCUGACUGCAGUUAGGCAUCGUAACUGACAUCAAUGGGCAAACCUUCGAUGGCCACUGGCAUGCUGGAGAAGUGUGCUCUUCACGGACGAAUCCCGGUAUCAACUGUACCGGGCAGAUAGUAGAGAGCAUGUAUUGCGUUGUGUGGGAGAGCGGUUUGCUGAUGUCAACGUUGUGAACAGAGUGCCCCAUAGUGGCAGUGGGGUUAUGGUAUGGGCUGGCAUAAGCUACGGACAAUGAACACAAUUACACUUUAUCGAUGGCAGUUUGAAUGCACAGAGAUACAGUGACGAGAUCCUGAGGCACAUUGUCAUGCCAUUCAUCCACCACCAUAACCCUCAGCCCUCACUACCUUCACACACAUAUGCGCACACAGACAAACACAAACACACUACAACCUAAAACAUCCAAAGACACACACACGUGUUUCUGCACCAUUUGGCCAGGCAGCAUCGGAGAGACUAGAAAGAGGAGAUGCUUGGCCUUGUUGCAGGUGCGUUAUUUACCACGGUUUUACAGGCGGCUGUUAUAGGAGAGUGAGAGGUCAGAGAGCUGCUGCUGUUAUUUCUGCCCGGCAGGCGCUCAGGCUGUGCAUGAAAACCCUUCCUCACUGCAGCUGGUCACCCAGGCUGGAAACAUAAGGCUCAGGUCAAAAAUAAGAGCGUCUGCUAAAUGACUAAAAUGUAAUGAUAAUGCACGGCCCCAUGUCGCAAGGAUGUGUACAGAAUUCCGGGAUGCUGAAAAUGUCCCAGUUCUUCCAUGACCUGCAUACUCACCAGACAUGUCACCCAUUGAGCAUGUUUGGCAUGCUCUGGAUCGACAUGUACGACAACGUAUUCCAGUUCCCGCCAAUAUCCAGCAACUUUGCCCAGCCAUUGAAUAGGAGUUGGACAACAUUCCACAGGCCACAAUCAACAUCCUGAUCAACUCUAUGCGAAGGAGAUGUGUCGCGCUGCAUGAGGCAAAUGGUGUUCACACCAGAAAAUCUAAUGUUAUUUGUCACAUAAACAUGUUUAGCGGAAGUUAUAGCGGGUGUAGCGAAAUGCUUGUGCUUCUAGCUCCAACAAUGCAGUAAUAUCUAAAGAUUUCCCAACAUAUACCCAAUACACACAAAACUAGUAAGGAAUGGAAUUUUAAGAAAAAUAUACAUAUAUAUGACAGAGAUAAAUAUACAUAUAUAUACAUAUAUGACAGAGCGGCAUGGACAAAGAUACAGUAGAAUAUAUAGAAUAGAAUGCAGUAUAUACAUAUGAAAUGAGUAGUGCAAGAUAUGUAAACAUUAUUAAAGUGACUAGUGUUCCAUUUCUUAAAGUGGCCAAUGAUUUCAAUAGGCAGCAGCAGCCUCAAAUGUGCAAGUGAUGGCUAUUUAACAGUCUGAUGGCCUUGAGAUAGAAGCUGUUUUUCAUUCUCUCUGUCCCAGCUUUGAUGCACCUGUACUGACCUCGCCUUCUGGAUGAUAGCGGGGUGAACAGGCAGUGGCUCGGGUGGUUGAUGUCCUUAAUUAUCUUUUUGGCCUUCCUGUGACAUCGGGUGCUGUAUGUGUCUUGGAGGGCGGGUAGUUUGCCCCCGGUAAUGCGUUCAGCAGACCGCACCACCCUCUGGAGAGUCCUGCGGUUGCGGGCGGUGCAGUUGCCGUACCAGGUGGUGAUACAGCCCGACAGGAUGCUCUCAAUUGUGCAUCUGUAAAAGUUUGUGAGGGUUUUAGGUGCCAAGCUGAAUUUCUUCAGCCUCCUGAGGUUGAAGAGGCUCUGUUGUGCCUUCUUCACCACACUGUCUGCGUGGGUGGACCAUUUCAGUUUGUCGGUGAUGUGUACGCCAAGGAACUUGAAGCUUUCCACCUUCUCCACCGCGGUCCCGUCGAUGUGGAUAGGGGGGUGUACCCUCUGCUGUUUCCUGAAGUCCACGAUUAUCUCCUUUGUUUUGUUUUGUUGACGUUGAGUGAAAGGUUAUUUUCCUGGCACCACACUCCCAGAGCCCUCACCUCCUCCCUGUAGGUGGUCUCGUCAUUGUUGGUAAUCAAGCCUACUACUGUUGUGUCGUCUGCAAAUUUGAUGAUUGAGUUGGAGGCGUGCUUGGCCACGCAGUCAUGGGUGAACAGGGAGUACAGGAGGGGGCUGAGCACGCACCCUUGUGGGGCCCCAAUGUUGAGGAUCAGCAAAAUGGAGAUGUUGUUUCCUACCUUCACCACCUGGGGGUGGCCCGUCAGGAAGUCCAGGACCCAGUUGCACAGGGCGGGGUUCAGACCCAGGGCCUCGAGCUUAAUGAUGAGCUUGGAGGGUACUAUGGUGUUGAAUGCUGAGCUAUAGUCAAUGAACAGCAUUCUUACAUAGGUAUUCCUCUUGUCCAGAUGGGAUAGGGCAGUGUGCAGUGUGAUGGCGAUUGCAUCAUCUGUGGAUCUAUUAGGGCGGUAAGCAAAUUGAAGUGGGUCUAGGGUGACAGGUAAGGUAGAGGUGAUAUGAUCCUUGACUAGUCUCUCAAAGCACUUCAUGAUGACAGAGGUGAGUGCUACAGGGCGAUAGUCAUUUAGUUCAGUUACCUUUGCUUUCUUGGGUACAGGGACAAUGGUGGCCAUCUUGAAGCAUUUGGGAACAGCAGACUGGGAAAGGGAGAGAUUGAAUAUGUCCAUAAACACACCAGCCAGCUGGUCUGCGCAUGCUCUGAGGACGCGGCUAGGGAUGCCGUCUGGGCCGGCAGCCUUGCGGGGGUUAACAUGCUUAAAUGUUUUCAAUCAUGUCGGCCACGGAGAAGGAGAGGCCACAGUCCUUGGUAGUGGGCCUCGUCAGUGGCACUGUGUUAUCCUCAAAGUGGGCGAAGAAGGUGUUUAGCUUGUCUGGAAGCGAGACGUCGGUGUCGGCGACGUGGCUGGUUUUCCUUUUCUAGUCCGUGAUUGUCUGUAGACCCUGCCACAUACUGACUGGUUUUCUGAUCCAUGCCCCUACCUUUGUUUUUAAGGUAUCUGUGACCAACAGAUGCAUAUCUGUAUUCCCAGUCAUGUGAAAUCCAUAGAUUAGGGACUAAUGAAUGUAUUUCAAUUGGCUGAUUUACUUAUAUGAACUGUAACUAAAUCUUUGAAAUUGUUGCAUAUUGCUUUUAUAUUUUUGUUCAGUGUACUUUAGUUAUACAAUUCCAUAUUACAAUAAAUAUUAAUAUAUUAUCAACACUUUAUAGUCAUAAAUACCUACAAUUCUGACAAUGUAGAUGUAUGAGGCUCCUAAACUAUUCAUGUUUUUGGUUUCAGAUAUCCAGCUUCUUCUGAUAUGACUAAUCCUGUGUUGCCAAUCAUCAUGUGGAUAUGUGAUAUUACCUACUGACCCUCAGUAUUAUAAAUUCCUACAAAGCUGGGUGUUGGUUCUAAGUGAUCAUAGAGUGAUUAUGGCAUGGGUUAUGGUCAUCAAAUAACCCAACUCUUUAUGAGUCCCUAUACUGAACGACACUCCAACACACAGAGGACCUUGGCCCCGCCGUAGUAAACUAUGGGCAGAUUCAGCCUUUUUUCCGACACUUGACACAUGAGAAGGCAUGAAAGCAGCUGCAGUAAUCGUUUUCACCAUGGCAGUACUCUCAGCUGAGUUUUUACCUGCUGUUCUCAGCAAAUUACAAAGAGAAGGAAGUCAAAGAGGGACAUUGAUGUGUCUUCAUAAGGAGGGCAGUCAUCUAAGUCUUCUAGGAGUUUCCUGUUCAACUAUUGAUAAGCGUGAUCUUACAAUUUGCUUCUGUAAUCUUUUAAUUGACUUACUUUAUGGACUGCUGUUUGAGUCAAAUUGUAAAAUGGACACUCAAUAAGUUAUUUAUCAUUGUCAUCAUUCAGGCAAGCCAACAUGUUUCCCUCUGAAGCUGUACGUUCAGCUGUAUUAGAGAAUGUAAACCACAUUUCAUCCAUUUACAUCAGUAAUCUUGAAAGUUAAUGGUACCAAUUUAAUAACCUGUCCUCUGACAUAAUUGAACUGGGAUACAAUGACAGGAUCACUCCUGUCAUGUGCAUGUAAUAUACAUUAUGAAGAGAUACCCAAAUAUGUUCUAUUGUUGUCUCUCCAGGGUCUUGUUAUGGAUUAGGUGUGUUACCAGACGACCCCUAGUCUGAAGUCAGGAUCACUCUGGACAGAACCACUGGAUCCCUGGAGCUCAGGGACCUGGCCCCGUGGGACGGUGCAAAAUACAAAGUAUCCCUUUGUCUUAAAGAAGGAUCAAUGUUGAGUGGGGAAACAAGACUGGAGGUGUAUGGUGAGUACUAUUGUUGCAGCACCUCUGAUUCAGAUCUAGUAUAUUUUCAAAUCAAAUAAAUGUUUAUUUGCCACAUGCUCCUAACACAAUAGGUGUAGACUUUACCGUGAAAAGCUUACUUACGAGCCCUUUCCCAACAGUGCAGAGUUAUAAAGUAAGACAAUUAGCAAAUAAAAAUAGAUAGCUGUUUCUAAAUGCAGUCAGUUGUCUGGGCACAGUGCAUUUCUUUACUUCAUGUGUUUCUAAUGAUCUCAUGUAUUUUAGUUAGUAGUGUAUGAUGAAACAAGGUGUUCAGAAGUGGUACAUUCUUCAGAAGUUGUCAUCUAAGCAAAAGAGAAAGUAGUUAUUCUGUUUUUAACCCACAGAGCCAGUAUCCAAUGUGGUGAUGACUCCCAACAACACAGACUUAGUGGAAUUCAACAGCUCUGUCAGUCUGUCCUGCUCCUUCUCUGGCUCCUCCCCCUUCACUUACCGCUGGCUGAAUGGCAGCUCUGAAGUCACAGCCAGUGAUGGAGUUCAGUUUGGUGAUGGGAACAGCACUCUCCCCAUAGUCAAUGUGAUGUGAUACAACGAUAGGCCGUUUAGCUGUAAUGUGUUCAACCCCGUCAGUAAUGGAACCAGCCAGCCUCUAACCCUCACCAUCAGCUGUGAGUCCAUUUUCAUUAACAAACUGUAUGGAUCUGUAUGUUUUAUCUCAUUACUUGUUAUUUUUGGCUUUGCAGAUAAUCCUCAUGUAUAUUCUACUGGCUCUAUGA